UUAGUGCGGAACCAUUUGUGACUAGUUGUUUCCGACCGUCCUUAUGAACGGAACCCGCUGCACCUAGUUGAUCUGUACAGUGAUAUGCUACUUACUAUGUCCAGUUUCAUGUCUUAAAACUGUGUAUAAAUUCGACUAUCUUUGUUUCACGCCAAGACUGAAUCAGCUCUUGAUAAAUCCAGCAGUGGAUCGCUGACCAUGACGUCCCUGGCUGGCAGCAGCUCCUCAACCACAGAGUACACUGUGAGAGUCCCCAAAAACACCACCAAAAAGUACAAUAUAAUGGUUUUCAAUGCAGGGGAUAAAGUCAACUGUUCAAGUUGGACACAGGCACGUAUGGAAAGAGACAUGAGUGCUCGGCGAAUAUAUGGGGAGGAGGAAACAGCGGAGAGCGGCGCAGGCAGCGAAUUUGGCAAAAAACAGCGUGAGGAGGCUCGACGAAAAAAGUUUGGAAUUGUGACCCGAGAGUUCAAAGUGGAGGACCAGCCUUGGAUCCUAAAGGUCAAUGGCAAAGCUGGCAGGAGGUUUAAAGGCAUAAAGAAGGGUGGAGUUACAGAAAAUGCAUCCUACUACAUUUUUACACAGUGUCUGGAUGGAGCUUUUGAAGCCUUUCCAGUUCAUGGGUGGUAUAACUUCACACAGCAGGCGAAGCAUCGAACGCUAACUGCUGAAGAAGCCGAAGAAGAGUGGGGCAGGCGGAACAAGGUUGUAAACCACUUCAGCAUUAUGCUUCAGAGACGCCUGCGGGAGCACGAGCAUGGUGAGGAUGAUGAGGAUGAGACAGAAAAAGGUGGGAAGAAGAAAAAGAAGGGGGGUGGGAAAGGUGGCGACCUGCGUAUUCACGACCUAGAUGAGGACCUGGAGAUGAGCAGUGAUGACAGUGACAGCAGCAUGGGAGAAGAUGGAGAAAGCAAGGCAAAGAUGAAAACAAAUUCAGGAAAAGGGAAAGCAAAGAAGAAGAAGCAAAAGAGGAAUGAUAAGGAUGCCCUUGAAGAUAGCGAUGAUGGAGAUUAUGAGGGUGUAGAAGUGGAUUAUAUGUCAGAGGAAAGCAGCUCAGAUGAAGAGCCAACACAUGAAAGGCCCAGCAAAGCAGAGGAGCACCCUAAAGGUAUUGAUGAGGUAUCAGAGAGUGAGGAAGAGAGCGAGGAGGAGAAACAGAAUGAAGAUGAAGCAAAAGAGGAAGAAGAGGAGGAGGAAGGAAAGAAAACCCCGGUUCAGAUGGAAAAGAAGAAGAAAAAAGACAGCAGCGGCGAAUCGGACAGCUCUGAUGACAGUGACAUUGAGGGAGAGACUGCUUCUGCUUUGUUCAUGGUGGUCAAUAAGAAGCGCACACCUCCUAAACGGCCUGGUGGACGUGGCUCCGCAGGCAGCUCCAGGACAGGCAGUCGUCCGGGGACGCCAUCCAUCGACUCUGCCUCCACCUCCAGCACACUGCGCGCUGCUGCCAGCAAGCUGGAGCAAGGGAAAAGACAAAUUCAGACUCCGGCUACUGACUCACCGGCAGCCAAAAGGCUGAAGUUGGAGCCCAGCAGUCAGAGCCCUGUCCCCUCUGGGAAGAGCACGCCGCAACCCCCAUCAGGCAAAUCCACUCCAAGCUCAAGUGAUGUGCAGCUGACGGAGGAAGCUGUCCGUCGCUACCUGAUCCGUAAGCCGAUGACCACCAAAGACUUGCUGAAGAAGUUCCAGACCAAGCGCACGGGUUUGAGCAGUGAGCAGACAGUCAACGUGCUCGCACAGAUCCUGAAGCGCCUCAAUCCAGAGCGCAAGAUGGUCAAUGACAAAAUGCACUUCUACCUUACAGAGUAAGCAGCAAAGCAGUCGGGGUGGGAAUAACGCUAAAACCAUAGCGAAGAAGUAUCUCUCCUGAUCCUUGGACAGAAGGGAUAACAAAGGUUGUGCUCACUCUGUAACAUGCCACAAGCAGAUUUACCUUCAGCUGUCUGAAGAAUACAGUUGUUGAUGUAUUUUUGUUAAACUUUCUUAAUUUAGUUGAGCCUGAAACCAUGGAGCCAGAACUGUGGUAAUGUUUUAGUAAAAACGAUGUUUUCAAUUACAAGUCAGAACGCUUCUAAUAAAAUGUAAACUUGA